UCGGUAGCUGCGCAGCUCAUUUCGGCUGAGAAGGUGCUUGCCACCGCCACCGCCGCCAAAGCUAUUGCUUCGCUCUCCACCAUCGCGUCCGAUGCGUCCGUGACGCUUGCAAUCAUUUCAGAAGCUAUAGUGGCUGCUACUGCAACUGAUUCCUCAGUGGUUGCCUCUGCAACAGCUGAGAUCCAGUCACUUAUUGACAACACUGUUGUUCUGUAUUACAAUUACGUGCCAACCCUUCCUGGUAAUUUGAUUAUGCUUAUCAUUAUGGCAUUUGUGCUCGUGAUCCAGACGUUUUAUGCCGUGAAAUACCGCCAGUACUGGUACGGGUCCUGUUUCUGUAUCGGUAUCGGAUUGGAAUUUGCCGGUUUUAUUGCCAGAGUGGUGUCGCACUACCAGCCCUACACGAAUCGAAACGCUUACUUGUGCCAGAUUAUUUGCUUGACUAUUGCUCCGUGCUUUAUCAUGGCGGCGCUAUACUGUAUUUUGGCUAAACUUGUUAUUUUCUCCGUCUUGGAACACAUCCAUUACACCCAAAUAUUCAUCGCCAGUGAUUUAGUGACUGUCAUUCUCCUGGCGGUAGGUGUUGGGCUUACUUAUUCUGCCAUUUCCGAAGGCAAUUCGACCCAUCUUGGUACGAGCCUCUUGGUUGCGGGUCUUGGGAUCCAGGCGGUGUCGUUAUCCAUUUUCAUUAUCCUCUGGCUGAUCUUCUUCUGGCGCGUCCAUAAGGCCUCCAAGUUUGCCGAACCCGGGUAUAACCCAAGAUUUCAACAUUUAAGCAGCACUUCUGCCAUGAAGAAGUUCCCGGCUUAUGCCUUUGUGGGGAUUAUCUGCAUGUAUGUGCGUGCAAUUUUCAAGGUUGUGGAGUAUUCGGAAGGCUGGACCGGGUACUUGAGGGUUCAUGAACCAUACUUCCUUGGUUUGGACGGGGCUAUGGUGGUUAUCACUGGGCUUGUGAUGUCGUUCCCAGGUGCAUACCCCGGUAUUGUCGUGGGUGAUAACAUUUCCGUAAAGAAGAAGAGGAAUGGGUGGGUGUUUUAUGAGUUCCAGGAAGUCCCAGAAAAGAGUACCGAAAUGUGGGGGUACACUCAAGAAAACAUGUCAUACCGUGGAAAUCUUUAGAUCAUCCGCACCGUUUCUAUAUGAAUACCACUUUUUACCAUGGACAGAGAUAAAUUCUUGUAGAUCACCCCACCAUGGAUAUAUGCGUUCAAGUUAUCGCAACACUUUCGUCUGGAUCGAUCGGAAAUGGGCCAAACACUUAUUCUAGCCAUUUCCGGUAGCUUAAGAGCCGAAUCUGUCCCCAAAAGCUCUAUCUUUCCUAUACCAAGAGUCUUGCUCUGUGGCUGUAGGCUAUAGUAUUUACCUAGUGUGUAUAUUUCCUGAGCUACUAUAGGCUUUACGCUUUUCGUCCCAUUUCGAUGAGCGUUUGCUCCCAAUACUGUUUAACCCCGACUAGUCACUAAUAUUCCGCCAUGUCACACAGAUAGCCUCAUUUAGAACAAUC